AUGAAAUACCCCCGCCGGCGACUGUGGUACCUUGAAGUCGUCGCUGUGCAUCCGGCGCUGCAAUCACGCGGCCUCGGCGGGGGCGUGAUGAAAUGGAUUCUGGAGCAUGUUGAGCACGAUCCGGUGUAUCUGGAGUGCACACGGCAGGAGAAUAUCAAGUUCUAUGAGAGUUUCGGGUUCCGGGUGGUUGAAGAGGUGGAGCUGGCGGAUGACGAGGCCAAAGUGAAGUACUGGGUGAUGAUCCGCUCGGAGGAAAGCGAAGAAGCUUGA